UCUCAAAUCUCUCAAGUCUCUAUAUUCUCUCUUUUUAUUGGCGUAUUAAUUCCCAACACUCUCAAGUCUCUUUAUUAUUUUCUUCACCCCUAUGGCUUCGUCUUCUCAAAAUGAUGAGUUGGAUGAUGCAUUUGAUGAGCUCUUUGAUCAAAAAUUUGAUCAAUUUUUUGAUAACGCGUUUGAGAAGUUUACUCUUCAAGGAGACAAAGAAGAACGAAGAAAAAAAGAAAAAAGCAAGUUUUUAUCGAAAGAAAUCGUGAAGAAAGGCAUAUUCGUUUGUGGAAUGAUUAUUUCAGUGAUACUCCAACGUAUCCUAAUAAUAUUUUCAGACGCCGUUUUAGAAUGAACAAGCCAUUGUUCAUGCACGUUGUUGCUCGACUCUCCAACGAAGUUGAAUAUUUUCGGGAAAAGAAAGAUGCUAUCGGAAGGAUUAGUCUCUCUCCCCUUCAAAAGUGUACCGCAGCCAUUCGUGUCUUGGCGUAUGGUUCUGCUGCUGAUACGGUCGAUGAAUACCUCCGGCUCGGUGAAACAACAACUCGGUUAUGUGUGGAAAAUUUUGUGGAAGGGAUAAUAUAUCUGUUCGGCAAUGAGUACUUACGAAGACCAACACCGGCUGAUCUUCAACGAUUACUUGAUGUUGGAGAGUAUCGUGGAUUUCCUGGGAUGAUAGGAAGCAUCGAUUGUAUGCACUGGGAGUGGAAGAAUUGUCCCACCGCUUGGAAAGGGCAAUAUUCUCGUGGUUCGGGUAAACCAACAAUCGUUUUAGAGGCUGUUGCUUCGUAUGAUCUUUGGAUAUGGCAUGCGUUUUUUGGACCUCCAGGUACCUUAAAUGAUAUCAAUGUUCUUGAUCGCUCACCUGUUUUUGAUGAUAUAAUACAAGGUAAAGCUCCGAAUGUCACUUUCACCGUCAAUGGAAGAGAGUAUCAUAUGGCUUACUAUCUUACCGAUGGUAUUUAUCCGAAAUGGGCUACUUUUAUCCAAUCUAUUCCUCUACCACAAGGUCCACAAGCAGUUUUAUUUGCUCAACGUCAAGAAGCUGUCCGAAAAGAUGUCGAGCGUGCUUUUGGAGUCCUGCAAGCUCGCUUUGCCAUUGUUAAAAAUCCAGCGUUGUUUUGGGAUAAAGCCAAAAUUGGAAAUAUAAUGAGAGCAUGUAUCAUACUCCAUAAUAUGAUAGUGGAGGAUGAACGCGAUGGAUACGCACAAGUUGAUGUUACGGAGUUCCAGCAAGGAGACGACCACGAAAGUUCACAUGUCGACCUCGCGUAUUCUACAGAUAUCCCUUCAAAUAUCGCAAAUAUGAUGGGUGUUCGAACAAGGAUUCGUGAUCGACAAAUGCAUCAACGACUGAAAGAUGAUUUGGUUCAACAUAUUUGGCGUAGAUUUGGACAUGACGGAGACAACAACUGAUCUUCCAUGCUUCUUUCGAAUAAUUGUCGUUUAUUGUAAUAAUAUUUGUUUUUAUGUUUUUAUUUAAAAGUCUUUGUUUAAAAUGUUAUCUUUUAUUAUGUUUUAUAUUAUAUUAUAUUCUUAAUUUUAAUUAAAAUGUUUAAUA